GCACCACAAUGUUCAUUCUCCAAACCGAGUUCUCGACACCAACCGCAACAAUCCGCAUCCAAGCAAUCACCAACCAUGGCUGCCAUCCCCGCUACCUUCAAGGCCUACGAGUACCAGCACUUCGGUGACUUCCUUGAGCAGAUCAAGUUUAACCCGGCCGCCGAGCAGAAGCCCGUGCAGCCCAACGAGGUGAAGAUCAAGAUCUUCAGUGCGUCGCUCAACCCUAUCGACUACAAGAUCGGACUUUACGCGUCCAUGAUCCUGUCCACCAUGGCGUCACCCGAACACCCGUACCGCGUGGGCCACGACCUGUCUGGCAAGGUCGUGGAAGUCGGCAGUGACGUGAAGGACUACAAGGUGGGCGACGAGGUGUUCGCCAUGCCGUGGUUCGAUGCCACCGGAACAUUCGCCGAGUACAUCAACGUGGACACGAAGCGCGUGGCGCACAAGCCGAGCAACAUGACGUUCAACGAGGCCGCAGGUGUGCCAUUGGCGGGCCAGACGAGCUGGCAGGCGCUGGUGACGUACGGCAAACUGCAGAAGGGUCAGCGUGUGCUCAUCUUGGGUGGCAGCAGCGGCACGGGUCUGUUCGCCAUCCAGAUCGCCAAGGCGCUUGGCGCGGAGGUCGUGGCUACAUGCAGUCACCGCAAUGUGGAGCUCGUCAAGUCGCUGGGUGCCGACCAAGUCAUCGACUACAUGAGUGCCAAGUGGAGUGAGGUGCUGGCCGAACACUCGGUGGACCUCAUCUACGACUGUGGCGUGGAGUCCCAGUCGUGGAAUGACGCCGCACAGAAGGUGCUCAAGGAACAGACCGGUAUCUUCGUGACGAUCGGCGUGAUCGACAUGCCGAUCGAGUCUCCUAUCGGUGCCACGCAGAACCAGAUCUUCAACGCACCUUGCACGGAGUAUCUACUGGAGCUCAAGAAGUUGAUCGAAGCUGGCCAGGUGAAGACCGUCAUUGACUCGGUGCACCCGUUGGAGAACCUGGUGGAGGCCAUGAAGAUCUGUAUGUCACACCGCGCGAAGGGCAAGAUCAUCAUUGAGGUGGCCAAGGAGUAAAGUGGAAUAGCUUAUGUUUAGAGAGACAAUUCGUAUCAAAGAUAAUGUAGAUAUACACGCCACCGAAAGGGAUCUAGUGCCCUAUGCGAAGCACAAUCUUGCCACACACGUUCUUCGUCUUCAGUUUUUCC